AUGGCAUGGUGGGCACCCAAGGGCUCUGCGGCUUCGGCAACGCCCGUGGACGUUGAUGACGACAACGAAGCCGUCAUCGAUCUCACGUCCGAUACGGAGGACUCGCCAUCGCCUGCAGCAGCAGGAGCAGGAGCAGGAGCAGCAUCAGCUUCCUCGAGCAACGCUGGCGUCGAGGUCCUGUCUCCCUGGGCCCUCAAGAUGCAAGCGAAGAAGGAGGUGAAGAAUGAGGGGCUGAAGAGGGCCGCCGAGGCCUCCGCCAAGGCCCAGCAGAGCGGCGAGGUCCAAGUCACGGACAAGCCGCCGGAGAUGAUAAACGAGGAGGUCGCCCGCCGCCCGGCCAAGCGCAGCAGGGGGGGAGACGAGGAAGACAUGGAGGUGGUUGGCACGACCGGCACGGCGAAGCUGCCGCACAACCGCUUCGCCUGCACGGAGCUUAAAUUCGAGGGUCCGGAAGGGAGCAGGAGCCACAAGGAGAAGUGUUCCCUGUGCUUCUGCUACGUCUGCGACCGGCUAGCGAGCCAGUGCCUGGUGUGGUACGACCACUGCCACGCCACGGACUCCGGGCCCCGGAAGAAGCUGUGGAAGUCCCUGCGGACACGCGCCAAGCCCUUGCUUCAGGCGGGAGGGCGACCGCCGGUGUCCGGGCGCUUCUCGGCGCUGUACUCGUUUACCCUCGGCACAGCCGCUUCGGCGGCGGUGUACCUCAACGGCCUCACCCAAGAGCAAGUUCAGCACGUGGAGGACAUCUCGGUCCAGUCCACCCUCGACCGGGCCGUGCAGAAGACCUUGUUGAAAGAGUACCCAAGCGGCAUGAAGCUGAUGUCGGCGGCGGCAAAGACGAAGGCAGCGAAAAAGCACGAGGAUCGCAUGAAGCCCACAGUGCGGGUGGUGGCCACUCUGGGCGGCCGCAGCAACGUUGCGGUCGCCGGGUUCACCGAGUCGAAUCCCGAACCGUUCAAGCCCAGGUGGAAGAGCUGGUCGUGGGGUACCACAGCAGUUCGGCUUGGCGCCAUCAAGGGUAUCGGCUUCCGCAUCGGCGGUUUUCCGUCGUCUGCCUCCGGCCGCAAGGAGUACUUUGACCGCUUCGUCUCGCCGAAGCCGAUCGCGCCGUCCGUGUGGCACUCGACCAAAAGGCAGGCGUCCCCCGGGGACUGCUUCGAGAGCGGCCGGUUGUUUAUGUCCAAGAACGCGGAUGCUGAGCUCUUGGAGCAACUCAAGGUCGCCUACGAGAGAGAGCUGGUGGACAUCCAGGCGUCCGCUUCGUACAGCUCCCAGACCAACACGGGCUGCUUCUCGCUCGAGAUCGUCCUGCUCACCAAGGCUGUCGACCGCAGCACCGCCCUCAACCCUCGGAGUGGGCAGUCCUCGUUCGACAUGGUGCCGCUCGUGGAGCGGUGCAUUCUCAACCGCGUCCACAAGACCAACUCUUCGUCCAAGAAAAAGAAGGGUUCUUCUUCUUCUUCUUCUUCAUCUGGGCGGCCUCUUCAACCCGUGGUGAACGGUGUGUCGGCGUACGGCGGGGGGGGGGGUUCGGGUUCUGGGCCAGGGGGCACGGUGGCUGGGCGUGCGUUCACGCCCUCCAACAAGGGGUACGGCGGGCGCGCCUCCCUCGAUGUUAGCCUGUCGGGACUAAUCGACAGCGUGCGAGCAGAGGAGAGAAACAACAACGUCGAGGAAAGGCGGAUCAUCCACCCAGCCAAGAUGCUGCUGGAGCUGGAGAACCUCCAGCACCGGUCCCUGGCGAAGCAGCCCGACUGCCUUACGGUGGAUCUCUACGAACACCAGAAGCAGGAUGCCCAGUGGAUGAUGGACCAGGAGAUGCUGGAGGGCGGCUCCAUGCAGCACCUCUGGGCGGAGCUCCCGCCCCACCACCUCGCGAACGGCCGGUGUUCACACGAGUUCCGGCGGUGUUGGUUCUCGCCUAUCCUUAACCAGUUCACCACCGACAACCCUUUCGCCUCCACCAUGAAGGGUGGCAUCCUGUGCGACGAGAUGGGCCUCGGCAAGACGGCCGCCACGCUGUGCCUACACCUCAUACACCCCCCCAGGACCCCGGCCCCGGGGGUCCCGCUGGACGAGAAGGAGUGGGGUCCCAUCCUUGGAAAGCAGGCCGAGCCGCUGGCGUACAAGAAGGCUCAAGCCAGCGUAUCGCCGGAAGCCCCCGGGCAGUGGGUGUCGAAGGGCACGCUGGUGGUGUGCAAGGUGUCGCUCGUCGGACAGUGGGUAGAGGAGGCCAAGCGUCUGUGCGGCGGCGCGCUGUCCAUCUACCCCUAUCAUGGAGGCGGUCGGAGUAAGGACCCCAGUUUCCUUUCGCAAUUCGACAUGGUGGUGACCACCUACGGAGUAGUUCAGGCGGACGGCGCGUCGAACGUCGGCUUCGCCCCCCUCCGGCGCAUCCGGUGGUGGCGUGUGGUCCUUGACGAAAGCCACACGAUCGCCUCGUCCAACAGCACCACCACCCACGUCAAGACCCUCGUCUCCAACCGCCGGUGGUGCAUGACCGGCACCCCCUACAUCUCCAGGUUCUCCGACGUGAACGGACAGCUGGCGUUCCUCGGCGCGGAGGGGGCCUUCAGGGGGGGGAGCGACCUGGGCGACAAGGCGCCCCGCCGCGAGACCCAGGGGGAGACGGUGGCGUUCCUGAGGAGGGUGCUGCUGAGACACUCGCAGGGCAUGAAGCUGGGGGGGCACAGCAUCCUCGGCCUACCGACCAUCACUAACAAGGUGGAGGUGCUCACCCUGUCGAGCAAGGAACGCAAGGCCUACGUGGACUUCGAGCAGGGUGUCCAGAACGACUACAUCAAGGUCCGGCACCGCCUGCGCACCCAGAAGGGCUCCCACACCAUGGAAGUCCUCACCCUCCUCAGCAAGUUCCGGCAGGCGUGCUCUGGCGGGCAGCUGGUGGUGGGAGCUUCGGCGGCGGGGGGCGGCGGUUCUACCCCGGCGACCUUGGACGCGUUUUGCUCCAUGUGCAACGAGAUCCUCGAAGCUCCCGUCCGGACUCGAUGCGGGCACACCUUCUGCCAGGCGUGUAUCUCGUCGGUGCUGACCAAGAGUAAGGACGACGAGGGGCCCUGCCCUAGGUGCAAGACGGCCGUCCGCCUCACGGACCUCACGUCCGUUGGCGGGGGUUCCGUGGCGACAGGAGGGGGAGGGUCGAGCUAUGCGGCCAAGCCGGAGUACGGAUAUGGAGGCGGGUCGAGCAGCUCUGGAGGAUCUUCCUCCUCCUCCUCCUCCCACCCCUCCUCCUCCCACUCCCACUCCUCCUCUCCCGGCGCUGGAGUUGUGAUGGAGACGAAGCUCAAGGCUCUUGUGGAGAAGCUGGCAGGCAUUCACGCCAAGGACCCCACUUCGAAGAGCCUGGUGUUCUCGCAGUUCAACUCUUCCCUGGAGUGGCUCAAGCGCACCCUGCCGAAGAGGGGCUUCCAGUUCCGCACGCUCACGGGAAACAUGUCCCGGACGCAGAGGACCGCGGCGCUCACGGCGUUCGCGAAGGACCCUCCGACGACGGUCUUCCUCCUGUCGGUGCGAUCGGGAGCUGUGGGGAUCAACCUCACGCAGGCCAACAACGUCUUCCUGCUCGAGCCGCUGCUCAACUUGGCUCUUGAGAAGCAGGCGAUCGGGAGGGUCUACCGGCUGGGACAGACCCGCCCCGUUACGGUGACGAAGCUGGUCCUCAAGGACUCGAUCGAGACCCGCAUCCUCGCCCUGCAGAAGAAGCAAGCGACCGAGGGCUCAGCCUCCGCCGCCGUCGGAGCACCCAGCAGCUCUAGCAGCGACGGCGUCGCGGGCAACAUCGCGAGAGACAACGCUAAGGACCUGAAGAUAGGCGAGUACAAUGCCCUAUUCGGAGUCUCGGAGGGGGCGGGCGACAGCUUUGGUGGCGACAGCAAGCCGCACACCACGAGCUCGUACCCGUACUAA